GCCAUGGAAACAUGCAUGUGAGUGAUUUAGAAAUGAUGGUGUCAGUGGUAAGAUCUUUCUAUUCUAAAGCAAACUCUUUAAACUUGAGCUGUAAGAAGAUAAAGGUGCUUCCCGAGUGUGUUUCCGGACUAACCCAACUGUCGGUUCUCCUGCUGAACAACAACUCCAUCAGCUCCCUGCCUGCCUGCCUGAUCUCCCUACACCGACUGGUUGAGCUGAAUUUGGGAAAUAAUGCCUUGAAGGAGCUCCCUGCUGUGUUGGGCCAUCUGGAGUCCUUGAAGAAACUGUAUCUGUUCAGCAACCAGAUUACAGUAGUGCCACCUGAUGUGAUAGAUGGUUUACGAAACCUUGUUGUGCUCAAUCUGAACCACAACCAGCUUAAAAGACUUCCAGCAGAGAUUAAAAGUUUGAGCAGGCUUCAACAUCUCAGUGUGCUGGACAACAAGCUGGAGGAGGUCCCUGUUGAAUUGGGUCAUCUCACCAGCUUGUCUGAGCUAAACUUGACCUCCAAUAAUUUGUCCCAGCUACCUCAGCAGCUGUAUCAGUGUAAAGAACUAACCAAGUUGCAUUUAGCCAGAAACAAGCUGACCAGCCUACCAGAGGGAAUCAGGGCGCUGGCAAAACUCCAAGUUUUGGAUGUGGGUGGCAACCAGUUGUCCAUGUUCCCUGUUGAGUUUCACCUGCUGCCCCUGCAGGAGCUAUACCAUGAAGGCAACAAGUUUGUGCGCUGUAAGCCGAUGUCGUCAGUGCAGGAUGCGGAGGUGCUUACGUUAAAGGAACUGGCUGCCAGAGUUGUCUUGCGGGAGGACAGGGACGGGUUCUCUCUGGUCCACAGGAUGCUCCCCCACUACCCAGUCCUGACUGCCCUGUUGGCCUGUGGCAGCUAUUGUGCGCUCUGCCUGGAUCCCAUCCUCACCACCUGGCUGGAGUGUGUUCAUUUUAUCAGUCUAAAGAAGGACAUGGAAAUGAGGAGUUCGAAGACUAUUCCUGUGCGCGCCCUUCUUUGUUCAUACAAGUGCUUUAAUACAGAUGGACACGCCUUCUACGGUGUUGCUAAGAGAUAAAUACAAGUUCAUUUAAAAGAAAAGGUACGAUUCAUGAUCUCAA